CGGCAUGGCCAGGCGAGUUGUAACAUUUAACACCUUAAGCAAGGUAUCGAAUUAAAUAGCACAUAUUGAACCCUGGCUGCCUGUCAUUAGUGGAGUUUAUCUUUUCAGUCGAUACACUUCAACCAAGCGCACGGGACAAAUCAAAGUUCCCUUAAGAUGGCCUGUCCGAGAUAUAAGAAGGCCUCAGUUGUAGUGACUAUUCUGGUAGUUGUCAUCUAUCUCGACAAGACUUUAGAGCAGGGAGGUCUUCGUCAAAAUGGCUUGGAUCUUAAUGGGUAUGCCAAUUUACUUCUCUAGUUAGGAGCAUGCUAUCGCUUUUAGUGCAUGCAUUUAUCUGUACGUGGCACGAAAACCAUGGUAAAGAAACCAUGGUUACGGAGCUGUCAGGUGGCGUUCACGCUGUUAAAAUAAAGGGCAAUUAGGCUCGCAUUUUAAGCGCCGUGCCAUAGGGAUAAUUUCGUUCUGGGAUCACAACAUAUGCCGUAAAGUGCCUUUGGAUCGCCAAUCAUUUUAAAGUUUUAGUCCAAAAGAAGCACAGGAGCCCAAGGCUGCAUUUCCGGGUUUCGGGUAGAAGGGAUGAGUUACUAAACAAAGUAUGAUUUCAAAAAGUCUUAGAGAGCGGCCGCCCGUAAAUGUCGACUGGGGGUGCGCAAAAUGAAAAAAUCGAAAAUCCUCAAACUUUGUCAGAAUAUAGGUCUAAGUAAACUAUUUCUAGAAAAAUAACUUUUAGUUCGAUUGCAUUAUUAUUUUACGCGUACGGCGACCGAGUCGGUUCGGAGGCUCUCAGAUCAGUUUUCACAGGCUCAAGACCAUAUAUUACUUAAAAAUCGUUUAAAAAUUAAAGAAGUAACAAACUCUGCCUCUAAAAAUCUUAAUAGAAAGAGCACAACUUAACCAAUAGUUUCGAUGUGAAAUUUUUCUAUUCGACAGCAAAUCUAAUAUUUUUAAGGUUUUUAAUUAUUUGACUUAUUUUACCGAUUUUUGACAGACCCAAAAUUGGCAAAUUUCAGACUUAACAAUCACUACUUUUUAUAAAGCUUUGAGCCAUAAUUUUCCUACCAGUAAAAAGAAAAAAGUGUCCUCCUCAAAUAAAUGCAAUAAAACUUUUGGGCAAUCCUGCAGAGAAAUUUUUUGAACGCCAAACAAAAGCGACCCUUAAGGUCAAAACACGCCAUAUUCUCACGACGUUCGAAGAGCAUGCAAAAACAGUGAUACUCCCGGUCAGCAAGAUAUUUAUGCGUUUUUUCUCACAGACCUCUUUCCAUUUGCUAAGACAAUUUGUUUUUAGGUAGCUAUAUGCCUUGUACAGUGCAUUUUGUUGGGAACCGUUUGCUAACAAAUGACAUUUUGCCUCUAACAAUAUCUACACUCUUGGUAAAUUGUCGCGCUUGUCAGGGGUUUUAAACUUCAUAGCUUUUUAGAUCUCACAGUAAUUCAGGCGGUUCGACGGGGAAUUGUAACGUUGUUAACAUGAUACUACGUAAACACCCUUAUUUAUACACCUACCAUUUUUUUUAAGCGUAUGAAAGAUAUGCAUACUGUAUGUUCGCAUCCCAUGCCAAAUAUUUGCACAUCACCGAGCAGGAAUGAAAUGCAAUGCACUUCAAACCCGAAGUGACUGAGCAAUUUAAGAGCGGCCGUCCGUAAAUAUCGACUGGGGGUGUGCAAAAUGAAAAAAUCGAAAAUCCUCAAACUUUGUCGGAAUAUAGGUGUAGGUAAACUACUUCUAGAAAAAUAACUUUUAGUUCGAUUAGAUUUUUAUUUUACGCGUACGGCGAUCGAGUCGGUUCGGAAGCUCUUAGCCUGUCAGUAGAGCGCGGGAGAAAAAUUCCCGAAGAAAAUAAAAACGAGGGGAGACCGGGGGGAGAGAGACCGCCUGUAAACAUUCCCUUAGAGAGCUCUUUCCGCCCUUAAUUGACCGCCGACCGCGUAACUGUUACAUGAACUAGAAAGUGCUGACAGGCUAGACGCGACCCAUAAGCUCGUGGUGGUGUGAAACGUGACCUUUGAGUUACCUUUCAAUAAACAACAUCAGAGGUUUUCCUUCUUUUAACUAAGCAAAUCUUAUUUCUGUCGCUCUGAGUCUAACAUUUAGACUGUCAGUCAUGCAUGCUGGGCAAUUAUUUCCUGCGGUUUGUUUCUGAAAGAAUUUGAUUCCAGAAGCAGUUAUUAAAAAUAAUGAUUUUCUUUGACCUCUGUUAAAGCAUUAAUCUUUUUAUUGCGGCUUAACUCUCUCCCCACUUACCGCCGAGCUCUACUAUCUGAACGCCUGGAACAGGCUAUCAGAUCAGUUUUCACAGGCUCAAGACCAUAUAUUACUUAAAAAUCGUUUAAAAAUAAAAGAAGUAACAAACUCUGCCUCUGAAAAUCUUGAUUAAAAGAGCACAACUUAGCCAACAGUUUCCAUGCAAAAUUUUCCUAUUCGACAGCAAAUCUAAUAUUUUUCGGAUUUUUUUACUUGUUUUACCGAUUUUUGACAGACAUAAAAUUGGCAAAUUUUAGACACAAAAAUCACUUCUUGGUAUACGGCUUUGAGCCAUAACUUUCCUACCAAUAAAAAGAGCAACGUGUCUUCCUCAAACAAAUGCAAUAAAAUUUUGGGGCAAUCUUGCAGAGAAAAUUUUUGAACGCCAAACAAAAGCGACCCUUGAGGUCAAAACACGCCAUUUUGUCACGACAUUCGAAGGGCGAAAACAACGAUACUCCCGGUUAACAAGAUACUUAUGCGUUUUUCCGCAUGGAAUUCUUUCCAUUUGCCGAGACAAUUUGGUUUUAAGCAGCUAUAUGCCUUGUUCUGCGCAUUUUGUUGGGAACUGUUUGCUAACAAAUGACAUUUUGUGUCUUGCAAUAUCUAUACUCUUUGUAAGUUAUCGCGGUCGAAAGCCCAUUGAAAUGUCAUAACUUUUUACAAAAAUAAUUCAUAACUCACGCAAUUCAGCGUGGAAUUGUAACUUUCUUAAUAUGAUACUAAGAAACCCUAUUUAUGCACCUACCAUUUUUUCAAAGCCUAUCAAAGAUAUGCAACAGCAUACUGUCUUCCCAUCCCGUGCCAUAUACUUGUAUAUCACCGAGCGGGAAUGUCACGUUUCGUGCAACAGAACGGGAAGUGCAAUACACUUCAAACCGGAAGCUGACUUAGCAGGAUCUUGGUUAGUAACUCAUGUAAGACUCCAUAAUAUGUCACGAAUAUGCCGUACUUUUUAAACAUGUUAUUUUCUGUUUUCCUUGGUUUUCCUAUGUUUUCCCUUGUUUGACCCGAUUUUUCUAUGCUUUCCCCAUUUUUUCCCUGUUUUCCUAUGUUUUCUCCUGUUUUCUCCUGUUUUUCUAUGUUUUCCCUUGUUUUCCCCUGUUUUCCUCUGUUUUCUCCUGUUUCCGUAUGUUUUCCUAUGUUUUCCUCUCUAUUCCUAUGUUUCCCCUGUUUUUCUAUGUUUUCCCCUGUUUUCCCAUGUUUUCCCCUAUUUUUCUAUACUUUCCCCAUUUUUUCCCGGUUUUCCUAUGCUUUCUCCUGUUUUCUCCUGUUUUUCUAUGUUUUCCCCUGUUUUCCCCUGUUUUCCUCUGUUUUCUCCGGUUUCCGUAUGUUUUCCUCUCUUUUCCUAUGUUUCGCCUGUUUUUCUAUGUUUUCCCCUGUUUUCCCAUGUUUUCCCCUAUUUUUCUAUGCUUUCCCCAUUUUUCCCCUGUUUUCUCCUGUUUUCUCCUGUUUUCUCCUGUUUUCCUAUGUUUUACCCUGUUUUCCUCUGUUUUCUCCUGUUUCCGUAUGUUUUCCUCUCUUUUCCUAUGUUUCCCUUGUUUUUCUAUGUUUUCCCCUGUUUUCCUCUGUUUUUCUAUGUUUUCUCUUGUUUUUCUAUUUUCUCCUGUUUUCCAAUGUUUUCCCCUGUUUUCCUAUGUUUUCCCUGUUUUUCUAUGAUUCCCCUGUUUUUCCCUGAUCAAGUUGAAGUGCCCAGGUCCUUAGCUGUAGCCGGAGAAGAAAUCCGUGAAAUUACUCUUCAUGCCUUUGGCGAUGCAAGUGGACAGGGAUUAGCAGCAGCUGUUUAUGCAUUGGUCCAGCAACAUUCAGUGGUGACGCAGGGACUCGUCGCAGCGAAGGCACGCCUCGCCAAAGAAGGUCUCACUAUCCCCAGACUUGAGUUAGUGGCUGGUCAUAUGGCGGCUAACUUGCUAACCAAUGUACGAGAUGCGCUGAUCGGGUUUCCAGUUAAGUCCUUGUACGCAUGGUUAGACAGUAGUGUCGCCCUACACUGGAUAAGGGGCUCCGGGGAAUAUAAGCAGUUUGUCAGCAACCGCGUCCGCAAGAUCAGAGAGAAAACUGAAAUCACAUGGAGGCAUGUACCGAGCCAAGAAAACCCUUCAGACUUAGCAAGUAGAGGAGGACUAGUAAAGGAAGAUAACUCGUUGUGGUGGAAUGGUCUAACAUGGUUGAAGGAACAAGACAGCUGGCCGCCGGACAUCAUAACGGUUGCAAGCCCAGAAUCUAACGCAGAAGCGAAAGCCUCCAAGCAGAUUUUUGCCUUAGCAGUAGAAAGCAACGAUGUCAUGGACGAACUGUUACUAAGAUCAUCCCUUUGGCGCACAUUGAGAGUGGGGCGUGGGUCGCACGAUUCCUGCGCAACAGCAAAUCCCCAAGAAAUCAGAGAAUCAAAGGUCCAUUGACUACCGAGGAAAUUAACAAGCAGAAGGUUGUUCUGGGAGAAGAAGACUCAAAAACAGUGGAAGGGAUCUGAUCAAUUCCAGGAAGACCAGUUAAGACUUAACCUGCAGCCUAACCGAAAGGAGGUUCUCGAGUGCCGUGGAAGAAUCCGGGGAAACUAUCCCGUCUAUCUCCCUGAUAGUGCUCUCUACACCCUGAAGUUCGUACAACACGCUCAUGAGAUUAUUCUUCAUGGGGGAGUAGGACUAACCAUGGCCAAAGUGCGAGAGUCCCAUUGGAUACCAAGGUUGCGCAAGCUUAUUAAACGAGUAAUCAAGCAAUGUUACGGAUGCAAACGGUUUCAGAUCGCUGCGUUCGCCAAUCCGCCUCAAGGAAAUUUACCUCGUGACCGCACUGAAGGAAAUUCACCAUUUCAAGUAGUUGGUGUUGACUACGCCGGUCCCAUCAAGUACCGCACAAGCAAAAACAGAGAAGGGAAAGCCUAUAUUGUCCUGUACGCCUGUAGCCUGACACGAGCACUUUACCUAGAGCUUACCAAAACCUUGGAGACUAACGAGUUCAUCAGCACCCUUAGCGCCUGAUCGCCAGAAAGGGCCGUCCAGAGAAAAUCUAUUCCGAUAACGGUAAAUCGUUCGUGGCAGCAGCGAAGUGGCUGAGAAACGUGAUGAAAGAUGAGCGCCUGCAUAACUUCCUAGCCAAAGUCGACGUCAAGUGGCAGUUCAACCUGUCAAGAGCACCCUAGUGGGGAGGUCAAUUUGAGAGGAUGGUUGGUCUUGUCAAAAGAGCCUUUAACAAGACAGUGGGAAACGGUAUGCUUACCUGGAGCGAGCUACAGGAUGUUCUUCUGGACGUUGAAGUUACCAUGAAUAACCGCCCGCUGAGCUACGUUAAAGAGGACAUUCAAUUACCCAUAUUGACCCCCAACCUGUUGCAGUUUGGCUGCACGAAUCUAUUGCCUGAAACACAGAACCAUCAGUUGGAGAACAAAGACCUGAUCAUGAGUGCAUGGUACCUGAAGAAAUGUAAAGACGCACUAUGGGGGAGGUGGUCGUCAGAAUACCUAAGAGGCUUGCGUGAGCAGCACAAUUUAAAACACAAAGGAAGUAAGGUGACUCUAGCUGAGGGAGAUGUUGUUAUCAUUAAACGCGACGAAAAAAAUUGUGGAUUGUGGAAGCUAGGAACAGUCGAAGAGCUGAUUACUGGACGAGAAGGAGUUGUCAGAGGGGCUAAACUGUGAGCAGGACAGUCUUAUCUGGAGAGCCCUGUCCAACACCUUUAUCCAAUGGAGCUGUCCUGUGACAGGACAACAGCUAUGCCGAGAGCCACCCUCAGCGCUGAAGCACCAGUCUUCAGGCCGUCAAGAGACGCUGCUGUGGCAGCACGUGCCAGGAUAAAGGACGCUGCCGAACUUACUGAUGAUGACUACUGAUCUUUGAACAUUUCUAUUAGAGACAUUGCAACUAUGAUUAGGAAAAUCGAAUUGUUCAUCACUAUUGGCGAUGAACAGGGGGAGAGUGUUAUGAAGCAAGAGUGUAGCGUGAUUGUGAGAUGGCGUGAUUUUAUUCCUUUGAUUUUGUUAUUAAUAGUUUCACUCGUCUGUCAGAGCGACAGAGAACUUGAUGACAGAUCGCAUUAAAAUCUAAAGCUUAUAGAUUCAAGAAAGUCACGAUUUUGUGUGUGUGUGAGCGAGCCGUUGUACUGUGGGGAUCGAAGCUGUCAAAUAAACCCUAUUUUACUUUAAAACUGUGAUAUCGUGAAGAACGGCCCUUCGGCAUUCACGACAUAUGUUUUCCUCUGUUUUUCCCUGUUUUCUUAUGUUUUUUCCUGUUCUCUACUGUUUUCCUAUGUUUUCCCCUGUUUUCCUAUGUUUUUCCCUGUUUUCCUAUGUUUCCCCUGUUUUCCUAUGUUUUCCUCUGUUUUCCUAUGUUUUCCCUGUUUUUCCCUGUUUUCCUAAGUAUGUUUUCCCUGUUUUCCCAUGUUAUCCUCUGUUUCCCCCUGUUUUUCUAUGUUUUCCUCUGGUUUCCCCUGUUUUCCUAAUAGAUGUUUCCCCUGUUUUCAAAAGUUCUUCCUUGUUUUCCUAUGUUUUCUUCUGCACAAACAAGUGAUGGUAAAGAUUACGCCAUCUCCGUAAAGUUUUAUACGGGGAGCCAAUAAAUAUACCCUGCAAGUAACAGGGAAGGCUUUUAAAUAGGGCCUCAAAUAUAACCAAUUUUUUACAAGUGAGCGUCCUCAUUAUUCACUGGCAAUGUUUUCAAGUUUCAUAUGCACGUGCACAUUUAGCAGAAAGAUAGAAUUUGCAUCAAAUUAAAAGGACGCUCAGUUUAAUCUCCGAAAUAGGCUAAUAACCGGGUAAAGAAAUUAGUGAUAUAUUAUAACAUCAGCGCAACUCUUUGUAAGAGUUUCUGUGAUGUUAUAACCCGAGUAAGAUAACUAAGUGUUGCAUCCUACAAGAUGAACCGUGACGUUCACCGUCUCGCCUCUCACUGCCAUCUGCGACCCAAGCCAAUUAUUAGCAUAUUCCGGAUAUUUCUUCUGCAAGUAAUCGAGAGUUCUUUCUCAGUGAUGCAAAUUCAUUUCUUUAUGCUAAAUGUAAAACGUAGGAGAAAAAGGGAAAAACACUGGAAAAAAGGAGAAAACAAGGGAAAACAUAGAAAAAGGGAAAAACAUAGGAAAACAGAGUAAAACAUAGUUAAACAAGGGAAAACAUAGGAAAACAAGAGAAAAAACAGGAAAACAGGGAAAACAUAGGAAAACAUAGGGAAACAGGGGGAAAUAGAGGAAAACAGGGGAAACAGGGAAAACAUAGGGAAACGUGGGAAAACAGGGGGAAACAUAGGAAAACAGGGAUAAACAGGGGAAAACAUAGGAAAACAGGGGAAAACAUAGGAAAGCAGGGAGAAACAGGAGAAAACAGGAGAAAAUAUUGGGAGAACAGAAGAAAACAGGGGAAAACAUAGGAAAACAGGGAAAACAUAUAGGGAAACAAGGGGAAACAGAGGAAAACAGGGGAAAAGAUAGGAAAACAUGCAUGGGAAAACAGGGGAAAACAGACGAAAACAGGAGAACACAUAGGAAAACCAAGGAAAACAGACAAUAACAUGUUUAAAAAGUAAGGUAUAUUUGGGACAUGUUAUGGAGUCUUACAUGAGAUACUGACCAGAAUCUUCGUCUGCGGCUUCUGGAGUUUACCUCUUAAAGUUUCGUAGAAUAGAAUCGUAGAAGAAUCGUUUAUAAUUGUAAACAACAAUCUUUAAAAAGGCUCUAACGUAUUACUAGUUAAAAUAUGAGAGAAAAUAAACUGAACUGACUGGUUGAACACACUAUGACAACCUUCCACUUCGAUUUAAGAAAAAAAAACUGCAGAAGACGUGGACCAAGAUCCUGCGUGCUGGUUGCCAUCGUUUGAUAUCUAGAAAAAAAAAAGAUCUAAUUAGCUGAAAUAUUGAGAAAAUAAAACUGAGACGUCCUAAAACUACUGCAACGUGUAUCACUCGAGUAAACAAGGUCGUCAGCAGCUGCAAGAUUGGCAGGAAGCUUUGUCGCUAAAAGGAAAAACUGUUUGAAUGCAGAGGUCCAAGCAACGCGUAAAGAUAACUGACUGCGUUCCUAGUUCCUAAUUUGCUAUGAUGUUGUCAUCCACAAAGAGAACAUCUUAAGCUCUUCCAGUGAGACAGCUUUCGGCCUUAAUCCUUGAACCUGAAACGGACAGCAAAGGCGUACAGCGUGCUGCCUUUAAUGUACGUUCUGUUGUACCAUUUUGGAAUAUUAUCACAGGACAGCCAUCCAUUAUGGACAUCUAGUCACAUCUGGGACAUCCAUAUUUGAAAUCUCUCAACAUAUGAUACCCAACCGAUCAAAACGCAAGAAAUUUUCUUGUGAAAUUCCUUGUGAAUUUCCAAAGAAAACGUGUUGAAAUAUCAAUUAUUUAUGAAUGUAAGUUUAAAAUAGUGAAAAUAUGCUAAACAUGUAAUAACUUUGAGAGUGGCUCACUCUCCGAAAAGCUGCUCAGAAUCGAAAAAGUAGCUCAAAAUCGUACAAGUUGCUAAAAGCAGAAUCUGUCUAGGCCUAGAUUUAAAUUUAGCUGAAACUUGUUUUUUUUUUUUUUUUUCGGUUGUCUUUUACACUUAGCGUCAGUAACAUCCAUAACCCCAGUUCCACACCCCGACUCCCUGCCCCACCUUAUCUUCGCACGCGCAAAAGCCGUGAGACACAAUCCCUCGUUAGCUUAGAUGCCAGGAGAUUUACCGGUAAGGCCAUUCAACUACUCAGUCCCAACAGGGUAAAUUUGCUUAUCAGCUUACCAGAUUUUCUGUUGUUACGCAAUGAAAUUGGAAGAAUACUGUGCUGGGGAAUGUUAGAAGAGAGUAGGUGGACAUGCUUAAAAUCUCAGUAAUUAGUUACAAGAGCACGAUUUUACGCGUUCAUCGACCAGUUUCACUGAAAUAUCUUCGUUUUCCAGAUUAGCAUAUCAAAGGCAACAUUGACACGCUCAACGACACGGGGUACCUAACAAAGUUUUAUACGGGGAGUCACUGCCCCAGGAAUGAACCCAUUACCCAUUUAUAACAUAACAAAAACUGCUUUGAAUGCACUGUCCCUCUCUUUUUCCUUUUUUUAAACUGUAUGAAUAGAUAAAAAACCAAGAUAUUUUCUAUGCAUUUUGUGUUUUAAUCCUUCCUUUAAUUUUAGGUCCUUUUCUUAACCGUUCAUAUAUGCUUUUAAUAUUAAAAUCCGUACCCUCCAAUAUACCUGAAACCUUAGCUACCCCUUUCGGGCGGAGCCAGUUGCCGUAUACGCUACUAUCAUAGAGAGUUCCCCGGGCGCUCAGCUGAGGUAAACUUCCCAAAAGGCUGUGCUUCUCCUCGAGAAACUGAUAUUUUCUCUAAUGUAAGUCCGGACACUGAAAGGUGCUUAUAUACACAUCCUUGGACUGGACAUAAAAAGAGCUGGCUUUCGAGGGUUUUGCGUUGGGCAAACCCCCGGGGACCCCAAGGACGUACCGGUAACGCCGAUCGCUGGCUGUACGUAAGCUUGCGUAAGUCUUUCAAUCCUAACCUACUCAACUUAGAGAGCCUCCCGGAAUUUUGCCAUGCCGUUUUAAAUCACUGGCAUGACUUACGUCUGACCUACGUGUGACAAGCAAAUUUCCUUAAAAAAAUCAUCAUUACCUGGAACAACCGUAACAUACGUAUAGAUGGAAAACCAAUGUUUAUUAACUCCCGGUGCUUAAUUGUGAUUCGUUGCAUCGAAGACCUUUUAGAUGAUAAUCUUAGAUUUCUUCUGCUUUCAGAUAUAAAAAAAAUAUAUAUAAUUUGAAUUUCUUUUCGCCACUUUUUACGGCCUCUUAAGAGCCACACCAACAGAAUGGAAAGGGGCAGUACUUGUCACAGCAUUAAAGAUGUCUACUCUGCCAUGCUUGGCACAAGCUCCUCGGUACCCACUGCUGAAUCUGGAAUCUUAAGUCAUGGGUUCACCAACGACACAAUUCCUGACCUCUACGCAUGCUUCCGUUCAAAAUCUUGAAAGAACCAAAAUUGAUCAUGUUCCAGGUCAACAUUAUUCAGUGUUUUACCUACUCAAUCUAGCGUUUUUCACGGACGCAUGACUGAUAGUGAAGUUUUUCCUUUAUGUAACCUUGACGUCUAUAUCUAAGACACAUCCUCUUCGUUUUGGACUUGUUUUACAAACAGGUGGCAAAAAGAAUUAAUUCAAAAACUGAAUAUACCGAAAGUACUUUUUAAUAUGGUUGGCACAAAAGGUUGAAUAACUGGAAAGUUCUUAAUUAUUGUUUGAUUUUCGCUAAGUAUCAGGUUUUUGCAACAAGCAAACGGCGAGAAACAACUUCAAUGUGACCUCAACCCGCCGCAGAAAUGGAGUGAAAAUUGACAACUUCGUUUUCACCAUGACAAAUGCGAGGUUCUACGUGUUACCCAUGCGAAAGAUCAUACUAUCUAUCCUUAGGAGCUCUCUGGUUGUACGCUUCGGUCUGUCACCGAAACGGUUGAUUUGGGGUCUCAUUGACUUCUAAUCUAUCGUGGAACACCCAAACACAGAAAGUUGUAAAUAAAGCCAACAAGAUUGUGGGUUUCCUUAAAAGGAAUGUUGGUCCAGGGAACAAGGAAGUCUUUUCUCGUCUGUACAAGGUCUGGGGUAUACCCAUUCUGGAAUAUGCUCUCCCUUCUCUGGUCACCCUAUUUACAGAAGAACAUUGACGCUCUUAAACGAGUCCAACGUAGGGCCUCGAAAUACGCUGUCCCGAUGUCGUCUAAGGACUCUCCGUACGAAGAAAGACUGGAAAUGCGUGGGUGGUCCAGUCUUCAGUCAGGGAGGUCCUACCUAUCUUUGUUAGAGCGCUACAAGACUAUUCAUGGUCUUAAUGGCUUCAACUUUACUGAUAAAUUUGGAUUUAAUUGUUAUGGUAAAACAAGAUCAAACCAUGCAUUUAAAUUAAGACAGCCAUCCUAAAGGAAAUUGUUUUUUGCACUCAUUCUUUGUUAGGUUAUUAAACAGUGGAACGCUCUUCCUAACGAGAUGGUGCACUAACAGGAUUUCAGCACUUUUCGAAGUAUUGUAAAAUUUUGUAAUUUUUUUAGUCUUAAAUUUUACAUUGAAGUAUAUUUAUUUUAUAUUUUAUGUGCUAAAAAAAGCAUCUUCGAUAGGGAUAACCUCUGACGUUUCCUUUCAUGUAUCCUUAGAUAAUAAAAUAUCUUAACUUAACAAGCGUACGCCACGGCAUCCUGCAAUUUGACAGUUUUUUACUGCGCCUUCAAAAUCGAUAUUUUCCAAAACACUAAGCUUUUAGAUCUAGCCGCUUAGAGUAAUUUAAGAACACAUGGACCAAACUUCUUCCACUAUGUAAGUGACUGCCAGUGUAACUUACUUAAUACAUAUCACUUUAAGCUCCAUUGUACUAUUUCACUUAAGUGAAACCUCCAAAUUCAAGACCUUUGGUUUCUCACAGGGACGGCAAAGAACCGAACAUUCAUUCCUUUGUAUCAGGCCGUCGCGAAAUUGGGCGCAGAUGUCUGCAGUCUUUUACCGGCAAUGUACGUUUAAAUGGGAUGUGAGUCCACAAGUAGCCUCUGUGGCACUCCCCUUGGCAAGAAAGCAGAAAAUUGAACUUGACGGGCUAAAGAAUCGUGGCUCAGACUACGCAGCCCUUAGUGAUGAAAUGUCUUCGUUUCUUUCAAAUUUAUCGGACUUUUGUGUGAAUCAACUCAGUUAGGUACAAACUUUUCACAAAAACGAACGUGGACAGCAGCAAACUUUCCUCAGCAGAUGACAGUGUUUGGUAUCAUGUCAAACGAGCUAACUGCCAGUGCUUCAUCUGGAAUUAUGCUAGAAAUCGCAUCCUGUAAUUGGAGUCACCUGAUCAAAAUGGAUGGACAUAGGACGAAAUGGGAAAUCUUGUACCUUUGUUGAUGAGAAAAAUUUUAGCUCCUCAGAGCCUCCUUGAACUGUUUGUCUGCAGAUCGCAAAAAGGAUGCAACGCAAGAUCCAGCUGCGGGAAUGUUGAAUUGUCCUGUACCGCCGCCCACAACUGUGACAAUGAGUGUAGCAACAGUAUCCUGGAUGAUUACCACGAAGACGAAUGAAAAUAGUUGCCCAAAACCUUUUCUCUUAACAUUAAAAACACUUGUUGUAUGUAAAACAUGCAUUGGCAUUUUCUAGGGACUUUGUGUUAAAGGAUAUAGUGAAGUUUUAGAACCAGCAGCCGUAAUGUUGAAUUUUUGAGCCGAUAGCAAACACAACGUCAUAGUUCGAUGACGUGACUUCUCAUACACGUCGUCAUGUCAACAUCGUAUCGUCUACUUCCUCUGAAAUUUUUAUCGUAAUAGACGAAUUGAUUCCUAAGAUGUACGCCAUCGACAUCUUAAACCCCGUCUAAAAAGUGUGGUAAAAAAAGAAAUUUAAGAAAAAAUGGGGUUUGCAGUUUGAGGUGCUGACAAGUGACAUGUCCCAUCUGCCAUGCUCUACUGCCACCACAGUUUUAUCACUUAUUUUAAGGUCUAAAGAACAGUCAUAGGUAACUCAAAAUUUGUUAUUUCUUGAAGUAAACGGAACCAUUUUUUAAACCUCUUCUCUCAGCAUUUUUCUUUACAGUUUAUUUAUGAACUUAUUUUUAUUUCCCAGCCCUUUGUGAAAAUAGUUAAUUGUAUAAGUAUUGUAAUUAUUAUUUUUCUUUCGUUUCCUUUUCAAUGUAUUUUGAAGCUUUGCUUUAUUAACGUGGAAUUCCAGCAGUAUCCCUUCCUUGUAAUAGACCGAUUGACCAUCAAUUUUGAUAAACUUGUUAUUCCAAAUAAUUUCCUCUAACCUUUGCUGUUUAGUUUGAGGACGGUAUGCUGGCUCAUUGUCUGCUAGGUUAAAAGUAAAGCAUCUUUAUAGAAAUCAACUGGCAUUACGCUGCUUGCAGUUCUCCUUUUAGAUCCAUGCUUAGAUCCAUCGCGUUCAUAGACAGUGAGCGCGUGGGGACAAAAAACGCUUUUAUAACCAAAAGGGACUGGACUGAGACUAUUGUAUUUCUUCCUCCUCGGGCUUUAUCAUAUCCGGCCCUCGUUUCUCGCGGCUUGAGCGUGUCACCCUAGAGACUGCUCGCAGUCUAUGAAUAAGACAGAAAUGCCUUCACACUUAUAAUGUAGAAAUGUAUGCGUUAUUUUAAAUGGACGCUGUUUCCAAAUAAACCCCUAAGUAAUCUGGAACAAACGCGACACAGGCAUCGCACAGGCAACAUUGUAUUUGAAACAGCAAGUCGAUGUUCUGCUACACGAGAAGAAUUGCAUAAAACAGAAAAAAUUAGCAAUAACUCGUUGACAAAAAUAAAGAUAAACAAAGCCAAAAAACUAUCUCGUUAUUUCCACAUUUGCAAGGUUUAUUCAAGAAAUUUGUAUGUACGCUCCGCCCUUUUGCUGUUUUUCUUUUUUAAUUACUCGGCUGAAAAAAAAAACUCGGAAUACAUGUAUGAUCGACUUAAAGGAAAGUGGGUUGACAAACGUAUAGAAAGCACCAAGUAUAUAAUGUAAUAAUGUUGGACUUAAGGAUAAAAAAAAUUCGUAAUUCGUAAUUCGAUUUUUUAUUUAAAUUUAACAUCGCGACCUACAUGGAGACCAAAUCGGUUCCUUACCAACUCCAUGUCUCCCAAUAUCUAUAUCAACUCGUAACAAAGGCUGUCUAAAUAAAAUUUCAGUCACACACUAAUCGAAAGCACGCCACGUCAAUAUCGAUGGAAAUUCCGGUUACCGACAAGUAUAAACAACUUUUAGUUAGCUAAUAUAUCCCAUAUGUUUGACCCUUUAGCGUUUGCUAAUUGAUACCAUUUUUAAACAGUGUUUAAGAAACCAAGUUUCCUAGUAGAUUCAACUCGUCAGUUCGGUUUUACUUUAUUGAGAUUAAUCUUCCAUAAGAAAAUAGACCAAUUAUGAGUUAAAUCUACCAGAUUAGUUCAGCCGUUUGUUUUGAAAAAUUAACGAGCGCUGAUCGAAGCCUCUUAAAAACGGAGAAAUAGUUUGAAAACUGGGUAUCGGUAAAGAAAAAUUGCAGCAGUGAAAGAAGCAUUAAGGAGUAAAGAGAAGGGGUGAGAAUGGAUUGUUGCUGGAUGGAGACAACUACAACGAGAGAAAGGACAAAUACCCACAACUCUUAUUCUUCUCAACAGAGCCCAUGUCUGCAGGGUAGAUAUUCCUAUUACUUAUACAAUUACUACAUACUAUGCGACAACAUAUAUGUCAGGAUACACAACUUGUUGCGGAUUCCUUUGCUGGGCGCGUUGUCAAAGAUGGAGGUGAGCGGAUAUGUUAAUGCUAAAACGAAUCCACCUUCCAUAUGUCUAUUUUGAGGAAAACAAGAAAAAGCAAGAAAGACAGUCAAAAUUAUAAUUAGUGAGGUCUCAGUGGAUUAUAAUGAUAAAUCAUCUCCCUGCAACAAGAAUGCAUUAUGAGGCUAUAAUUAGAUAGUAUUCAGAACAUAGCUUAUGUGUAUGUUCUGUAUGUAUCAUAGAUCAAAGAAAAGAUGGUUUCCCUGGGUUGGGGGAAAGGGCAGUGCUCGACCAAUACUUGGGUAUAGGUGAGCCGCUGAGGGUUUGAAAACUUGACCCUGUUACAAAAAAAAAUCCUAAACUAUAAUUAUACCCUGUUUAGAACAAAGGAUAAAACGUACACCGUCUAGUUUUCAAUUUAUUUAUUGGCAAUUCAAAUUGACGAAAUUCAAGUUCUAGUCUUUGUUUUUGUAUCCUUGAAAUACAAACAAAAUUCAUCAAUCAUGCAUAAAAUACCCUGUUUGUAAUCAGGACAAGACUUGCACAAAAUUUAAUACCCUGUUUAGGACAGUCUGACCCGAAAUUAUAAACCCUGCUUAUUACAGAGAGGACAAAAACCAUACCCUGUCUAACGGACCGUCCUCAUGUACCAUUUAGGCCGCAUAAGGGAGUAUCCCCCGCUUGUUUUCCGUGUUCUGUAAGGAAACAACACGCACUUUUGAGGUCUAUAAACAGCUGAAUGUACUAGUUUUCUAUUCGCUAGCAGUUUUAUAGAUCUAAAGCGUAAAAUAUUUUGUUACAGAACAUGGAAAACAUCCUCUUUCUAGUAAAUAUAAUCGAGUGAAAGAGUUCCAUACCAUACCACUUAUUAACCUGUUUAAAUAACGUUUAUCAAACUUAUGGUCUAAGAGCGAAUGCAAUUAGUUCCUCUACAAUUAUUCUCACUUUUCUUAGAGAAAAGACCAAACAGGCCAGUAAAAAGCUAACCAGACAAGGAUUAGAUGUUUACUUAAGGUGUUGCAAAGGAUGGCAGAGAAGCUCUUCGAAACCCCGUGAAUGCUCAGAAGGUUUGUUUUUUAAUGCGCGUUCAUGUAAGCGAGUUUGAACAUUCUUUUGACUGAAAGCUGGUUUAAUUUUCAGAAACUAUUAGCUAUAGGUCUUCUGGUAUUUUAUUGUUUGGUUUCUCAAAGACAGCUCCUAGAAACCCGGGUGACAACAGAAAUGAUAUAGGUAGAUGGCGUAAUGUUCUAAGACAAGGAUAGUAAAGGAUUCUGGUACGAGUAAUUCGUGUUACAAAGACGGCGUAAUAAGUUAUUUCUGUUCUUGGAGUGGGAAUUACCCUAGGUACCAGAGGUUUUUUUCUCGGGUGUAACGAAGAGCUUGACACGAGCGGGAAAGCCGAGAGAAAAAUUGGAAAUCCCUGAGAUUGCCGACCAGUCAGGCCUAAACGUCAACCCUUGGUGAAGGAAAAAUCUCCCCCAGCACUGCAUCUGGUUUGAUGGAAAAUCAUGAUGACAGUUCUUGGAAAACGCUGACUGUGGAUUGGGACCCGUGGUGAUGUAUUGGACAAUAAAUUUGAUGUUGCUGAGCUGACUGCACGAGGAGCAAACCUUGCAAAUAGCUUCACAUUUCAAGCUGUAGUGAUAGAUGUUUUGUCUGGUGUCCGUGAAAGGUUGGAGCCUAAGGCUUAUCAAGUACUUCGAGAGGUUGCUGGCCUUGAUGCAGAUAACAAAAGUGUUGUGUUUGGAGAAGUUUGCUAUGAUACUAUUGUUUAAGGCACGACGCUAAAAUUGUGACAUGAUCCGCCCUUCUUUCCCCUAGGGUGGGGGGAGGGGCUUAUCUAUCCUGGUGGCAGAUGUAAAGGUGCCCACGCAUUUUGAAUCCUGUUCAUGAACAACUACAGGACUUCUGGACAUUAGACCACCUUGGCUUAACUAGUGAUGAGAUCUUGGAACGGAAUUUUUAACUGGAAGUCAAAACCAUUCAGCUCGAUCAAUCUGGUAAGUAUGCUGUGUCGUUAGCAAGAAUUUAGCCCUUAACAAGUUCGUUGGUGAAAAAUGUUGUCGUCGGAUAGAGGGAUGGAGAAUCCCAGAAAAGUACACUGCGUAUGACAAUCAGAUAAAUUUAAGGCUCUUAAUUCUCAAGGGCCACAUCGAGUUGUUGCCAGAAAAUUUAAUUCCCAAGACAUACCUUCUACAUCGAGACAUUGUAAAGCUGGAUCGAGAGACAACGUAACAGCGUAUAGUACAUGAUGCCUCCGGCAAAUCCGUGGGUUACUUUUCUCUUAAGGAUGUCUUAGGCAAAGCGCAAAACCCAUUACCGUCACCUUGGGGCAUUCUUCUCCGAUUAGAAAUUAGAAUCCCACGCAGACGUCCUUAGGGGUUUGUUACGCGUUCCUGCCCCACUAACAAACAAGUGAUGGAAUUCCUUUCCCAUUGGUCGCAAAUUUCAGCUGGAGCUCACGUGCAGAUUAUCGGAGAAUCAAUCGGUGCUGUUGAGGUCAAAAUGUUAACAAGCCAAACACAUACGUACAAGCUCGGUAGAGUGUGAUACUAGGAGAUAGGCGUUGGCGUUUUGUAUAUUCCUGUUUGUAAAGGCUGGAUUACAUGUUAUUUGCUGAUAAAGUAAAGCCAACUUCCGUUCAGCAAAUUAAAGUAUUUUUUUCAAUUAGAACGCGUGGGCAAUCUUUAGCACGAAGUCGUGUGAGUUAACUGAGUAGUUUGCUCUAAAAGGAUAAGGCCUUCUCCUCUCGAGACCAUUCAUAUCUUUCUGGAGCUGAGUCUCGCGCGAAAUUUUUCAAGGUCCAAAGUGCACUUCCCAGAUCUGCUGCGAUUGGUCUACUUUUUUUUAUCGCUCGAGUCAGCAGACGUUAGUGGGACAGGAACGCGUGACGAACCCCAAAGAACGUCUGCUUGGGAGAAUUGGCAAAUUGGCAAGGUGGCUGUUGUGGGCAAACUUGAAGUCACUUUUCUGCAGUUGUCGCUUCACGAGGAAUAGCAGAAUGUUUGUUUUCUCUUGUGGCUUAUCCCCCGAGGACAGAUUUACGUGUACAGAUACAGACCUUUUUCCUUUGGUGCCAAAUCGUCGCGAUUUCCGCUGCAGGUUGUCCUAAAGUACACCUAGAGGGUUUCGUUGGUGAAUAAGAAUUGGCUACAAAAUUCCUUCAUAACAUCUGCAUAGAUAACCUUGUAAACUCUGUAGAUGACGCUGAGAAAGCAAGGAAGUUUUGACGCGAGGCGUCAGCAUUUUAAAUGAUGGUCGCUUUAAAUGUGGAAAUUUCGGUCUAAUGAUAUUUCCUCCGCAAGUUUGCAGAUGGCCAAGUGCAACAAUUUCACAAGGUACUUUGGGUUAACUGGGACUGGAAAUCUGAUGAAUGCUUGAUGGUUGUUAAUGUGAACGUCAGUGAAACUCACGAAGAGGGAAGUGCAGCCAUGUCUGUCCUGGAUUUACGAUCCAUGCGGAAUAGUAAGAUUAUUGUCCAGGAUUGCUUGAAAGAGAGGCUCUCACCAGGAGAAAAAAUCAAUCAGAUUGCUAACGGCAUGUCGAAGAAGUAUUGGAAGGGUUCCCUGGUGGAAAAAAUCUUAGAGUCGACGGAUGGCUGAGGCUCACAAUAAGGGCUAGACGAAAAGAAUCAAAGGCAUUACAAACUGGCCAACCAGUUCACUGCCAGCCUUGUUCGGUGUCCCUACACCCGUUGAUAGAAUUAAGAAUGCUAUUAAUUAGGACGAGGGACCGUUGGCAACUAGUGGAAGUGACGUUGUAAGAACUUCAUCCAUCCUUUUUUUUGGUAAACAAGUGGGUGUCAUCAACCGUUUAGUGCUCCAAGUUCAUGAGCAAAUGAAACAUACCGGUUCAGCAAAUCCUAACUGCCGAGGAACCAAGGAACCGCCCCCUCCCCCAAUAUUAGACGAAAUUGUCGAAAUUGCACCCAUCUGAAACCCCCCUGGAGCCUUUCGUUUUUUAAUGCUGCCACUAGCAUGUCAAUCAGGAAAUCUGACCGACCACAAAGAGCUUCAUUUUGGCAUGAACGACUGGGACUUUGACUAGCGUCAUCGCUUUAUAAUUACUAGCUAUAACUUGCGGCAUUACUGUUAACGGCGUAUGUUUGAUGUAGUAUACUCGAACAGCCUUGUUUCAUUUUAAUAUCAUGCUUUACAAUGGCGAACCGAGGGCGAACCAUUAGGUGCAGUUACACGGGACACUUUUACUUUGGUAAAUGACCCGUUUACCGCGCUAAGUUGGCGUGGUGCCUGUGACCGAACUUUCGCGAGAUAAUUGACCAUAAGAAAUAUCCAUGUUUACGUCAAAAAGAAGAAAGAAACCGCCCAUUACAUUUAACGUGGUAGAUAGCUAGAGUUUUUCGAUACCCAAGGCAAAAAGCCAAUCAGGUUUCUACAUUUGACAACAGCAUGAAACCACCAAAAAUUCUCUUUUUAAUAAUAAGGAAGGCAAUAGAGCUAACUACAGGUGCUUACAUUUGCUUAAAGAGAGUUCAUCCUUCUUUAAAUUAAUUGCCUGAAAAAUAUCCUAUUGCCCAAGUCUUUGCAAAUUGACAAAACACCGAGACCUGCGAUUCCACGUCGCAUUUUCUGGCGGGAAAGUCCAAAUCAGUUAUUAAAAGCAUUUUGUGAUAACGUACCCGAAAUAGUUUGUACAAAUUAAACCUUUUAAAAAACCGACAGACCAAAAUAAAGCCCGUUCGUCAAAUUAUAAGACAGGAAGGCCUGGGACCCCUACACACCAGCCCCAACGAUGGGUUUGUGUUUAAAUACAGGAAUUCAUGAAAGAUACAAAGCCAAGAGUAACGUGAUCAAGUAUGAUUUAAAUUUACAGCAAUCUGCAGUCAGGGAUGCAGCAACGGAGGGACCUGUGUAUAUCCGGAAAUAUGCAGUUGUGCUUCGGGAUGGAAAGGAUAUAGUUGUAGUGAGGGUAAGCCAAUGAUCAGAUGUCACCUGGAUUGAUUUGCAAGUAAAACUAAAACUAAAUCAAAAAAACGGUCCCCGAACUAGAGCCAGAAAGAGAUCUUUCCACCCAUUCAUUUGAACUUUCAGUUGAAUGUGAAAUGCUUAUUUCAAAGCUAUUGCCAAAGUAGAUAACUAGAAUGUAUCAGGUGAGAGUGGUUUUACAAAUGGUACACAGAACUUGCCCGCUUACAGGAAUUCAGGGGAAUAACUGCACAAAAGUAAACUUAGAAAACCAAGCCGAAAAUAAAAACUGAUCACAUGCAAGCAGUAAAUUUGUUGACAAUUGAGGUGCAAAUGCAAUUGAGGGUCGAAAGAUCAAACAAUUAUCACUUUUAAAAAUAAUCUUUUAAAAAACCUGAAAAAUCUUAUCUUUCCUUUAAAACCAGGUUUAAAAUGUUCUUCUGAUGGCUGAUAUUGGCCAGGUUUGUUGGCACAAUUUAGACCUACCGCCCUUUCAAAAAAACGUCGGUGUAGUUCCGGGUAUAGUUACAUCCCGGAGUAGCCAAUAGAUAAAAAUCGAAAUCGAUUAAAAUCAUUAGCAAUCAAGGGGCUUUUAUCCAUUAAUAGCGAAAAACGGUGAAAAUCUAUCUAGGAAAAUCUAUUAGCCUGAAUUUCAGACAUCCCUUCGACCCGAGGGGAUCGAUGUCUGAAAUUCAGGCUAGGAAAUCUUUAUCUAAGGUUGUAUUUCUCGUGAUUCUUGCCUACGAGAACUGAAUGUAAUUAAACCGAACCGUUUUUGUUAUAAUGUACUAAAUAAAGAGAAACUUGUGCGUAAAGUUUCCAAAUUUCUCAUUUUCAUGUUUCUUGAUCAGUUGUUACUCUUGGGUGGCUUUCUUAGCUGUACUAUCUAAUUAAUGCCAAAAAACAACAAUGGCGCACUUCCGUUAUAAAUAGUUAAAAUCAAGAAAAAACGAUAAUAUCGAUUUGACACAGCAAUUUAGUUUAUCCAUUUUCGCCGAAUUCCGUUAUCUAUCGGUAAAAAUCAGAUGAUUGCUACCUAUUUUUAUCGAUUGACUACUCCUGACGAACAGCCAACUGAAACAAUGGACCCUGGGCCUGAAAUAAUAGAGCUUUGUUUCAGGAAGUAUGAAUGAAUUAGAGCUCUAAAAGAGCUUCAUGACAGCAGCAUUUGGUACCUCUAAAGAUUUGAUUCUCUCAAAUUUUACCCUUUUAUUUUUGAUAUUGAAGCAUGAAAAAAGAAAACUGAAAACAUGAGCGUCGAAUGACUUGAAAUGGGUAAGCAAACAAACAAAGUCAAAAAGGUUUAUUAAGCCUUCUCCGUCGACUUUGAUUCUUUUGAUAACUUCUUUAUCACUGUUUUUCCCUCCUUUUUUGGGAAUAACCGAAGCAACGGCUGACUGUUCACUUGGACUUUUUCAAAACCCCUUUCUUAUACACAAGCGUGCUUUAAUCCUUUUUGUACCAUUACAGAUGUAGACGAAUGUAGAAGAAAUAAAGGAGGAUGUCAUCACCUCUGCAGUAACCGAGUAGGAAAGCCUCCCGUCUGUCUUUGCCGAAGAGGUUACAUAAAUUCUAAGACAAACUAUAAACGCUGCGUAGGUAAGAGAUAUACUACAGAUACUUUUAUUUUAAAACGUCUGGAUAUGUUUUGCCUCAGCGGACCAUGUCCUGUGAUAUGUUUGAUCCCGCCGAUAACUGUCAAUCAUAUUUCCUUAAAUUGUUCAUUCGUGUCUAGAUUUAAAAGCAAGAGAAAUCCAAAUAUUAAAACAUCCAUCAUUAAACCAUUUUUGUCGUUGAAAAAAAGAUUUAAUUCUGCUAAAAAGUUAAGUGGAAUAAAGAUAAAGUAAUGUUUAAAACAAUUAUUCGGCUGCUAGACUAGUUACACGUACGUCCCG